GGUCGCCUAGCAACGCCUUAAACAACCUGUUGGGGAGGGAGGCUAACGGGCUCAUGUUACCUCUGUAAAACUUUACAAUAAACUGAUGUCGUCUUGAGGAAAAUGGACCGAGAAUUGAACGAAGAGGAACUCCAGGAUUUGUACGCGUGGAUAGACAAAAUACCUCUGUCCCGGCCCAAAAGAAACAUCACAAGAGACUUCAGCGACGGGGUGAUGGCCGCAGAGGUGGUCAAAUAUUUCUUCCCAAAGCUCGUCGACCUGCACAACUAUAUCCCGGCGAACUCCACGCAGCAGAAGCUCAGUAACUGGAGCCUACUCAACAGGAAGGUGUUUUCCAAGCUGAACUUUCACGUGCCCGAGGAGACAGUGAGGAGGAUUGUGCUGAGCGCCUCUGGAGUGAUAGAGCCUAUGCUGUGCAGCCUCAGGGAGAAGAUAGAUAAGAAACUGGAGCACACUACAGAGAAUAUACUGGGUUUGGACUACUAUGACACCAGGGAGCAGGAGAAGCUGCACUCAGAUAUUCGUCAGACUGAGGCGAAACAUCCUGUUCAGCUGGCAGGAGGAGAGAUGAAAAAAGAUGACAAGAGCAGAGUAAAAAAUGGCAAACCGCAGCCCGCUGUGCUGUGCUACUCAGACAUGGACCCAGCUUUCCGGCUAAUCCUGCAGGAAAAAGAGCAGGCUGUCAUGGCUUUGCAGGAGACUGUGGAGCUCCUGCAGAUGAAAGUGAGCAGGUUGGAGCAUCUGGUUCACUUGAAGGACAUGCGCAUCGACGACCUGACUCGGCAUCUGGAGACGUACAAAGCAAAAGGCAACGCGCGCUGAUCCAAAACACAAACAGCAACACAAUUUAUGAUAAACACUCACACACAACUGGUCAUACAGUCGCAGCAUACUGAGAUAUACAACCCCUCCAACCCUGACUCUGAUGAGCUCUCACUUUGUUGAACACUUAGGAUCAGAUCAUACAGUGUAAAGGUCUGAGGUCCUACCAGCUCAAAUGCAUCACACCUGUUGAAAUGUACCAGAUGUUUUAUGUUUCGUUGUGUGUUUUUGUGAUGUAACCACACUGGUUUGGUAAUUUAAUUGUGUUUGUCGGACUAUUCACAGUGCACAGCUGUGAUGUAAUAAUCAUUGUAAUAGCAAUAUUUUUGUAUUUCGUGUCCCUGUGUUUAAAUCUUGUCUGAGGAGAUUCUACUGAAAAUGGUUUAUCCGCC